AUGAGUGGCCCUGUCCCGGUGAGAGCACCUCCAAUGGCAGACCACCAGAAGAAGAUAUAUCCGGAUAUUGAAGCAGCAGCGCCGCCUACUCUGCCUCAAGCCACCUCACUCAGACUAGAGAAAGGAGUGCUGCCACCACGUGAGCCCAAGCCCAAGCCCGGUCCCGAUCCUGACCCUGACCCUGACCCCAAACCCAACCGAUGUUGCUGCAAAUGCCUUUGCUGGACAGUAGGCCUCCUGACCCUCCUGCUGUUCAUCGCUGGAGCCACGGCAGCCAUUAUUUACCUUGUAUUUCAACCCAAGCUUCCCAAAUAUUCAGUCGACAAUCUCAGGGUAUCGGACCUCACACUCAAUUUCGACAUGACCCUUUCCGCAAGGUUCAAUGUUAGGAUCACCACUGACAACCCCAACAAAAAGAUUGGGAUAUACUACGAGAAGGGCAGCCGCCUGAGUGUGUGGUACAAAGACACCAACCUCUGCCAAGGAACCAUCCCCAAAUUCUACCAGGGGCAUCAAAACAGGACGGUGCUGGACGUCGCCUUAACAGGGAGGAAUCAGUAUGGGACAACUCUGCUGAAUGCAUUGCAGGAGCAGCAACAGACUGGAAGGGUCCCCCUCGAUCUUAAGAUAAAUGUGCCUGUCAGCAUCAAACUUGGAGCCCUCAAGCUCAGGAAGGUCAGGAUAUUGGGAACCUGCAUGUUGAUCGUUGAUAGUCUUACUACUAAUAGUUUAAUCAGUAUUAAAGCUAGUACCUGUCAUUUUGGACUCAAACUCUGAAUAAUUUCUUCUUUUUUGUUGCCGCUGCCUCUUCCCAUGUUCUGGGAAGACAUUUUUUCACUCUCUCCCUGUUCAGCUUUCACUUUCUGUUACUUGUGGAUCUGCCUACACUUUGUUAUCACUAGUAUUUACCGUUCAACGCUUAUGUAUUUAGCUAAAAGGCCACCCCACGUGUAUAAUGGACUUUUCAAUCUUUGGAUACGAAAUAAUAAAGAAUACAAUACUAGAAACUGGAUUAUUAAAA